AUGGUCCGGCCUGCCAGACAAAGGCUCCCUCGCAAACCACUUACCAUUGCACAAGCCUGGGAUAAAGUAGAGAGCGCCGCCUACAGUCUUGGCACUGGCGAGUAUCUAGGAAAGAAAGACUCCAGCCGUGUUUCCAAGGCAUUUUUUUUGCUGAAUCAUCCACCACAAUCUACCAGUCAUCGGAAGUAUCGACUCUUUCUUCUCCGGGUGAAUGAAAAAUGCGGCCCUCAAGGCGUACGCUUGUGCGCCGUCGCGCUCGGUCAUGACCAUAUCAGAGACAUGAGUAAUGGCCACCGUGAUGCGCUCCUCUGUAAGCUGGGCGAGAUGAAACACCAGCCAUUGAUCAAAAAUUUGUCGUUUCCCUCGGGUGAUACACAAGUAGAUGGCCCCUUGAAUGAGCAACUAACCAAAGAAAAACAAAUCAUUCGAAGUGACGAUCACGAGUCUUCGCCAUGCUCGAAUUCGAGUAGGACCACCACCCCUCGACCCUUACUUAUCAACAAUGCCGAGGCCGACCGUUCAAUUGCUUCAAUCGGGGAAUCAGUGAACUCAGAGUCUGGGUGCCCCCUUGAUGAUGACUAUCAUAUCAUGGAAAAUAGAGAAAUUGCAAGGAUUUAUCCAUCUGUCCCAGACUGCUACGCAGAUCAAUACUUCACGACAGUGUCACGCCUCCCACAGAACGACGGACAAGAUGAUAUUACAAACACACAGGAGAUUUUUGAGCAUGCCUCUCUUGCGGGGAUUGCUACUGUUUUCAGCGGAUUAAUUUGUGGCGCUAUCAGAACAACUUUAUUUCAAGCAAAUGGGAAGAAAUAUUCGAAAGCAUCGGUGACAACAGUAUUUCCUCCCUGGGGUGGACCAGUUGAUUGUCUACUCAGUCUUGAGGUCUGUGAAUCACGGGUGCAACCUCUCGCAAUGGCUUUGUUCAGUGCGACUGUGAAAUGGGUUGGGAAAACUCUACAUGUUGGCUUCGAAAGAGGAACAACCCUGACUAUUCCCAACUCCGAAGCUACUUUGAAAGGCGUGGAAAAUGAAGCUAUUGCCAUGGUGUUCGGUUCUGAGAUACAACUGGCAAUUAAAGAGAGCCGUAUUCGCCUGAGAGAGUUAGAAGAAGGGAAACUGGCUACUGAAUGUGUUUCGAUGAUAGUCACAGAGAAGGGCGCCAUCGUUAACCUAUCGCUUGGACUGGUUCGAGGCAUUCUUGAUCAUUCCGAGUUUCUGGAAUCAAUCGAAACGAUUAUCGAAGAAGUCAAAAGUGCCGUUGCUACUUGCCGCCCAGACGCUGAAACUCGCUGGAUUGCUGUAAACAAGUUUGAAGGGCGCCGUUCCUUUUUUGUCCUCGACAUCAACAAUGUCGGAUAUGACUAUGAUUCUGCUCAUAAGUGUCUAACCAAGGUCCCUGUCUACAUUCUUCGGCUAUCCAGAGCGCCCAAAAUUUUCAGACAUGGGCGUCAGGACCAAAAGCUAGCAGAGACUCUUGCGGAAAUGCACGACAUGCAUGGGAAAAAGCCACUACCUUUAUUUGACGACCACACCAGACCUCGUGUGUACGACUCUCCCCGUGGUCUACGGGCCUGA